UUUUUACAAUAACUAAAAUUGCGAGGUUAAUGUCUUAUAAUUUUAUCAACAUAACAAUUGAAUAUAACCUGUUAUAAUAAAUAGGAUUUAACUAAAAUGACCGUGCAAAAGAAAUCUGUAAAAAAUAAUCAGUUAAAAAAAGAACUUACCAUGGAAUUAAGUUUUUUGAAAAACGUAUUUUCAGUUUUAUCCAUUCCAUUGCAAAGAAAAGAUGAUGACGAUAGUCAAAUGGAUAUUGAAAUAACUAAUGAAUCUAAGAAUCAAGAUGAAAAACAGGUUACUGAACGAGCUCGUAAUAUUAUGGAGCUUGAAAAAAAAUUGGAGAAAAUCAAAUCUCAAAAUAAUUUCAAUCUUAAAAAUAAAUUAGUAAAAAAGAGUUUAAACAGUAAAUUAAAUAAGAAAAUAAAAAAGAGAGAAAGAGUGAAAUUAAAUCCAAAUAAAGUAAAGGCUGCUGCUGAAAAUAUGGAAGAAAAAGAAACAAAAGUUAAAACUAAUGUAAAUACUGCAAAACCUAUCUUUAACAAUGAAGGGAAAUUAGUUUUUUCAAAGUUUGACUUUGCUAAGUUAGGAGAAAAAGACAGAGGUAAUAAAUCAAAGAAGGAUCCAAAGAAACUUCUCGACGACUUGAAACAGCAAGAGGACAAGUUACAAAAGUUGGCUGAAACAGAUAGUGACAAAGCCAAAGAGUUAAAAGAAAAAGUUGCAUGGAAAAAUAUCCUUCAAAAAGCUGAGGGUGAAAAAGUAAAAGAUGACCCGACUUUGUUGAAAAAAUCCAUUAAAAAAAUGGAACAAAAAAAGAAAGUGAGUAAAAAGAAGUGGGAAGGUAGAAUUCAGAGUGUAGAAAAGAAGAAAGAAGACAGACAGCAGAAACGAAAAGAAAAUAUUUCAAAGAAGAAGAAAGAGAAAAAGUCGAAAAUUGUGAAAGCUGCUGUCAAAAGAGGACGAGUUGUAAUUUAGUUUAAUAAUUUAAUAAAAAAUCCUUUAAAG